AUGCCUCACCUAGUCGAAGCCGUCGGGAGGGCUUCGCCGAACCUUCCAAUCGACGCUCCGGCGGUGGUCGGAACCGCCGGUGAGACCGCAACGGCCCCGCCGUCCCCGCCGCAUUUCGCGGAUCUUUACACCUCCCCGCAAGCCUUCUCCGAGUCGCCGUCAAUGUCGGACUUUUCCCAAGACUCGCCCGCGCCAAACCUUCCCCGCGGCCCCCACAAGUCGGACUUUCCGCAGACCCCUCCCGCGAUGUGCUCAGACCCGGCGCGGUUAAGCCGCGGCGGACUGCGCCGACACCGCCGCGUCGCAUCGUCCCCGCAAUCCGGCCCGUCAGAGUUGGAAGGAAGUCUCGACGGCAACGCGGAGCGAGAAGGAACGCAGCGCAUCGUAACGCCCAAGAUCGAUGGUCGAAAUGCCGUGCGGUCCCGCCACAACCGCCGUUCCACCGUCGGCGGCGAGGCCGGCAGCGGAAGCACCGAGACGGGCAGCAGCGGGGGAAACGGCGGGCAUUGCGGCGACUUGUACGGCAGACAAGAGCUGGUACGCCUGGUCCCAGCGGGCCAAAUCACAGCCGUCUCGGGGUUUUCGCCCAAGUCUCCCUCGGUUGUGUCACUCUCGAGAAAGUCACCGCUGCCCAAGUCACCUUCGUCUCAGCCCUUGCCUCGGCCCGGGGCAUCGCCGCCGCGUCGCACUUCCUAUUCGAGCGACGCCAUCCCGCUACAACGCGGCGGCUGUAGCGCGGAAAUGCCGCUACAGCCGCCGGAGGGAGGACUACUCCGCGGAGUACCGCGCGGGUCGUCGUAUGGGGCGUCGUGCGGGUCGUCGCCGGGGGCGAACAGCCCCGGCAUCAACAUCCAGCGGAGCCCCUUCAGCGCGGCUGGAUUCCGCUCGCCGCGCGAUGAUGACGCGACGGCGUGUGCGGCGGAGCUAUCUUCCACUCCCUGCGAGGGUGUCGCGCGGGCCCCUCCGCGAUCCCCGGCGGUCGGCAGGCUCGCGGCAGCUCGAGCGUGGAAUAAGAUGAUGGCGAUGCCGCCGUUGAGCACGGAGCUGUCAGCGCCGCCGGCGGAGCUGCCAUCGCCUUCUCCGCGCGGCGUUUCUACUACUGUGCGCUGGGAGCUGCUGAACGCCGCGGGCGGCCUCAGCGGAAGCUCCGCGGAGGCGGAUCUCGCAGCUUUGUCCCCGAACCCCGGAGCGGAAGCUCCGCGGGCGGCUCUUCGCGCUGCUCCCGCUCGCGCUACUCCCGCUCGCGCUAUUCCCGUCUCCCGCCUGCGCCGCGGACGCGUGUCCUCCUGCUCCUCUCUCCCCGUCUCCGCCGACCUAACUUCCGCGCUCCCCUCUUCUCCGCUUUCUACUUCCCCGCUUUCCCCGUCCCCGCUUUCUCCCCUUUCCGCCGCCUCUGCGCGUGUCCUCCCCGCGGCCUCCGCGAAACCCGCUCCCGCGGAAAGCCCGUCGUGGAGAGACCGUUCAGGUGCGCAAGGUAAGGAGCGUGCUCAAGAUUCGCUUGCCGUUGCCGCGCAGCGGCAGCAGCAGCAGCAGCAGAAGCAGAAGCAGCAGCAGCAGCAGCGGCAGCUUGUGGGGGCCUCUAAACGAGAUCGCGUGAAGCAGCUGCGCGUUUUGGGGAAGCACGGAAGCUUCGAGCAACUCUCGGGAUUCUUUUCCAAUGUGCUCUCCCUUUCCCGGGGCAGCAGCGGGGAUGGCUCCACCAAUAGCGGAUGCAGCAGCCCCUGCCCGAGCAAUCCGGGCAGCUUGCUGGAAAAAAUAUCUGCGGGGGGGAAAAGUGCCAAGCCCACGGAUUUCGUGCUCAGGAUGCCCUACGAGGAUAUCAAGGCUCGAUAUUCGCUAGGGAAGAAGGAGAUUGGUGAGGGCAGGUUCGGUUCCAUCCGAACCUGCCUAGAACGGAGCUCCGGCAACUUCUACGCCUGCAAGACAAUUUCCAAGAAGAUUAUUGAGACCCACGAGGAAGCAGAGGACGUACGGCGUGAGGUGCUGUUCCUUGCAACGCUGAAAGGCCACCCCUACAUCGUCACACUCAAGGAAGCACUAGAGGACAAAACGGCCAUCCACCUCAUCAUGGAGCUCUGUCCGGGCGGCGACCUCUUCGAGAGAAUCAAGUCCCGCGCCCAACUCACCGAACCCGAAGCAGCUUCAAUCCUUCGGCAGCUGCUAGAAGCCCUGAUCCACUCCCACUCCUUGGGAAUCCUCCACCGUGACGUGAAGCCCGAAAACAUCCUCCUUUGUAGCCCCUCCAGCUGCUCUUCUAUAAAGCUCAUCGAUUUCGGAGUUGCUACAGUGCUGCCGGAGGGUGCACUCUGCAACGAGGCUGCUGGAACUCCGGAAUAUAUGGCACCUGAAGUGUAUGAUGAGAAAUACGGAUUUGGCGCCGAUGUAUGGGGUGCCGGGGUUUCACUCUAUGUGAUGCUUUCGGGGAUUCCGCCCUUUUGGGAGUCGACCAAUCAGAGUUUGGAGCAGGCCAUAAGGAGCAAGAAGGUUUCUUUCAAGCACUGGAAGUGGGCGGACGUGUCGGGGGAAGCGAAGGAGCUUAUAACGAGGAUGCUGGAGAAAGACCCGAGCAAGCGCAUCACUGCCCAGGAGGCUCUAGCUGCUGCUGGUGUUCUCCCUUCUGCUGCCGAUGGUGUCUUUUUUCUUUUUUCUUUUUGUGGGUGGCUGGCUGCCCACCUGGACCCACAGUAA